UAGGGGAUAUUUUUCUCCACUGACAAGCGUUAGUUCCCUGAUGUGUGUGUUUAACCUGUUUUAGCUCUGCUCUAUUUUCUCUUCCUGUUCUCUCGCCUGUCCAGCGAUUUUUGGGUCUCGUUCGCGUCCCUUCUCUGGCGCAGAAUGCUCCUGUCCUCCGUAGCGGUCUCUCGACUCAGGCCACAGUAGCAGAGGACCUUUGAUCUGACCGCGCUUCCACCGACGGUUGUGGCUUAUCUCCUCAGGACGCGCUGAUCGUGAAAUUCAUUGACUUUACAAGCUUGUGGGUCUGUCCGUGGUGCUGAAACUACUCGCCUGUUUGGCUGUUAGCCGAAGGGUACGCUCGGAAAAAAAAAUAUUUGUACAUUGUUAUUGUAGCAUUUGCGAAACUCGUGUCAGUUUUUAACAUAAAUCGGUACAUAAAUAACAAACCAAAAACUGAACCGACACUUCAAAAACGAUAUGCUGGUACUCAGAAAAUCAAUUAUACUCGGCAACUGAGAAAGUCUCCAAGCUGUAUCGAUUUUUGAAUAGUAUAGGCUACCUAAGACAAAAUAGUUGAACGCAAGAUCGAUAUUCGCAGCUACAGCUAUCUUCGAUAACUUGGAAAUUUUCGUUCUGUUUUGAAAACGUAAAAAAGCUACAUUUAAGAAGAAGCCUUUGAAGGUGGAGGAAUAUACCGUAUCCGAUUUUAUCUCUGGAUUUUGCAACUGGAUAGUUGAGAUUUUGUUUCACCUUGGCGCCCCGCACUUGAAGCCGAAGUUGCCCCAGUACAAAUGAUUGUUUAAAAUAAGACGCGAAGACCUCUUCUGUGUAGGGUGACCAUGGACGCUUCCGCCAACGGGUCCAGUUUCGGGAUCGACACUUUACUUUCCCACAGACCUGGAAGUCCAAUAAUUUCGAAAGGGGACAGUUUGAUGGGAGAAUGCAGAUCUCCCCUGGAGUUCAGCCCGAGGUCCGACCUGGAGAGCGCCUGCUCGUCUCCCCCUUCCCCGCGGCGGGAGUGCGUUGAGGAGGCAGUGCAGAGACAGGGUCACGCUCUCGGACUGCAGUCCCACUUGCAGAACGGACAGAUUUCCGCCGGUUCCCAGCCACGGACCGUCACUUCAUCUUUCCUCAUUAGAGACAUUUUGGCGGACUGCAAGCCGCUCGCCGCCUGUGCUCCGUACUCCAGCAAUGGCCAGCCGACUCAAGAGGCAGGGCGACUCACGUCCAAAAUCGCGGACGAAUUCAUGGACAAAAUCCACAGCAACUCCUCUUCAGACAGCGAAUACAAAGUGAAAGAGGAGGGUGACAGAGAGAUCUCCAGCAGCAGGGACAGUCCCCAGGUCCGGCUGAAGAAGCCUCGGAAGGCUCGGACCGCCUUCACUGACCACCAGCUGGCCCAGCUCGAGCGGAGCUUCGAGCGGCAGAAGUACCUGAGCGUGCAGGACAGGAUGGAGCUCGCCGCGUCCCUCAACCUCACUGACACCCAGGUCAAAACGUGGUACCAGAACAGGAGGACAAAGUGGAAGAGACAGACCGCGGUUGGACUCGAGCUGUUAGCCGAGGCCGGGAAUUACUCUGCGCUGCAAAGAAUGUUUCCUUCGCCCUACUUCUACCCUCAAAGUUUGGUUUCCAAUCUGGACCCCGGAGCGGCGUUGUAUCUGUACCGGGGACCCUCCGCGCCCCCGCCGGCCCUGCAACGACCCCUUGUUCCACGGAUUCUCCUACACGGUCUACAGGGAGGCAGCGAACCGCCACCGCCUCUGCCUGCCCUCUCUGGAGUGCUUCCGCGGGCAACGCAGCCACGGUGAGCCGGACCAGCUGGACUCAGACCCGGCAGCUCCGAACUGCCGAAUGGACAGACCAGUACAACGCCUCUUGACUGGUGACACGUAAAUAAAGAUAUCUGUUAAAGCCACAACGAACUCAAUUGAAGGACGAACUAUUUGAGUCGAUUUAAACAUUCUGAUAGGCUGCACAGCCAUGUUCAUUAUUUAUUUAUUUAUUUAAUUGAUUAUUUUAUUUAUUUGUGUUCACCUUAUAGGAGUCUCAAUGUACAACUGAACGAGAGGUUUCAACGUGUUUUUUUCUGAGCAGUGGUUUCCCAGAAGGCGCUAAAACGAUGUUUUUAGCCGCGAGCAUCAUGCACUCAGAAGAAUCAAUGGGGUUUAUCUGGUGAUGGAACUUUUUAUACGUCUGUCAGGCCUGAAGCCUGUGUUCGCUAUCGCUAUCAUAUCGCCACAUAAACACCUACCCCUGCAAACAGCCAAACACCACAUAAAAGAAUUUAAUUUCCAUUAUUACCAUUAUAACCAUUAAUAACAUCAACA